AGGUCCAGAUCCAGCUGUCCGGGCUUUGGCUGCAUUGUACUCAACAGCCAUUUAGCCCCGCGGUGCUGUUUGUCUGUCUGCCGCUGUCUGUGCUUCUGUUAGUAGGAAUAUCGCCGAUGUGGGAACUCUGGGAAUAUCACAGUGCUUCACGGAAUGCCUGGAACUAGCUGCCAGCGCGGAGAAGCGCCCGUUAAACGUCGCCGUUCGCAGCCGCUCUCCGCUUUUCUCCGGGAUGUGACCGUGUGAUGGCUGCGGUCCAGUGAGCUGGGAGCACGUUGACUGGUCCGCCUGUUUGCCCAGCAGCUUUCGGAGCUUGUCCUCAUCGUUUCACCGGGAUUUAUCGCAACCUAUGGAGUGUACAUGAAUAUUGGUCGGACAGGGAUUCCAAUCGGGGAGGCGAUGCGGGGAGCCGGGUGGAGGCGUGGGGUCCGGCCCUGAGGAGGUGUCCUGCGGCUGGGAGGAGCGCGGCCCUCCUGCAGCCCUCCUGUGGCGCUCCGGGACGCUCCUACUAAGAUGUCCCUCAGCAGCGGCCCUGCAGGCGGGAAAGGUGUGGACUCCAACGCGGUGGACACGUACGACAGCGGUGAUGAGUGGGAUAUCGGUGUUGGCAAUCUGAUCAUUGACCUGGACGCCGACUUAGAGAAGGACAAGCUAGAGAUGUCGAGCAGCAAGGAGGGAGGGGGCAUGGCGGCCCCUCCCAGCGCCGUGGCAGCUUUACCUGACAAUAUAAAGUUCGUUAGCCCUGCGUCCGCCACGGCGGGCAAAGAGAGCAAAUCCAAAUCCAAGCGCAGUAAAAACUCUAAGGAGAGCGUGAAGACGCCGCACUCAGACGGAGCUAAAAAAGAGGUUCAGGGCCGGGUCCCCGGGGACCUGCCGCCCCAGAACGCCAACUCGGCCCCGAGCAAGGGGACGGACAAGUCAAGUAAGCCCUCCCGCAUCCUCCCCGUGGUGAAAAAGGACAAGGACGGGGUGUCUGGGAAAAGCAAGAAGGAGAAAAUGGAGGCGGGAGCGGCGAACGCUGAGAAAGAGUCCUCGGUGCUGCCGUUAGGAGCGCCGCGAGGCGGACCCUUUGAGGGCCAACAGGCCCCCGAGCUCGCUACGGCCGAGCAGCUCGGGAACACGCCGCUGGACUCAGCCGGGAUAGGCCAGGCCAUGACGACGGAGCAGGAGGAGGUGGAUGGGGGCGACUGCCGAAAUCUGAAGAAAGCGAUCGGUGGGGAAAAGAUGGAGUCUCCGGUCUCCACCCCAGCUCCUCCCCCUCUCCACCUCCUCGGCUCCGUCCCCAGCAGCGGCGACAUCUCGUCUCCCUGCGAGCAGAUCAUGGUCCGCACGCGCUCGAUCGCCGUGAACACCGUCGACGCGGCGCUGGCGACCGAGCCGGAGUGCCUGGGACCCUGUGAGCCGGGAACCAGCGUGAACCUGGAGGGCAUCGUGUGGCAGGAGACGGAGGACGGUAUGCUGGUUGUGAACGUCACCUGGAGGAACAAGACGUACGUUGGAACCCUGCUGGACUGCACGCGGCACGACUGGGCGCCGCCGAGGUUCUGCGAGUCUCCCACCAGUGACGUGGAGAUGCGGAGCGGCCGCGGUCGGGGUAAGAGGAUGCGUCCCAGCAGCAACACGCCGUUGAACGACAACAGCAACUCGUCGGACAACAAAGGCAGCGGCAGCAGUAAGACGCGCGGCGCCGCAGCCAACAGCAAAGGGCGGCGUGGCAGUCAGACGGCUGGCUGCGGCGAAGACGCCAAAGCCAGCCCGUCCUCCGCUAAGAGGAAGACGAAGCCCGCCUCGGAUAUGGACCCCACCUCCAGCUCAGAGGACACCAAAGCGUCAAAGCGCAUGAGAACGAACUCGACCGGCGCCGGGACGCCUCUGCCUGGAAGCAAAGCCGAUUCCCUGCCGCCGCUGCCGCUGGACCGGACCUGCCCCUCCCCCGUCCUCAUCGACUGCCCCCACCCCAACUGCAACAAGAAGUACAAGCACAUCAACGGACUGAAGUACCACCAGGCCCGCGCCCACAACGACCACGACGUCCGACUGGACCAGGACGGCGACAGCGAGUACGGGGACGACCAUCCCGAACCCACCUCCUGCAACGGCGCCGCCAUCUCGCCCGCUCGCUCCACUACACCGAAGGGUCGGGGCUUCGACGCGCCCUCCCCCUCACCAGGCAAGCUGACAUCAAAGGUUAAAAAGAAGACGAGCGAGGCCGAGCCUGAGGUGACGGACGGCGGCGAGGAGGGGGCGUGUUUGACUGACGAGGCCAGUAACGACGGCAUGGACGACAGGAAGGUCAAGAAAAUGACGAAAGCUGAGAAACUGGGACAGAAAGGCUUGAAGCUGACUCGCCCCGCCGGCGCGCCCGGAGUUCCCUCGCCGUACUCCCUCCAAGCGUCCUCCCCCGCUCUGGGCUCAGUGGUACAGUCCGUACCCAAAAGCCCCCAGCUGAAAAACGUCCAGCCUAAACCCGCGCCCCUCACUGACCCCGCCUCCAGCCCCGCCCAUUCCAAGGACAAGAAAAAGAAAGACAAAAAGAAGAGGGACGGCGGGAAGGAAGAGGACAGCCCGAAGGCGACGGGUAAGGCGGCGAGGCCAGAGGAGGGCAAGAGCCCGUACUCCGAGGCGUCGGACGCUUUGCUCAACGGCUCCUCGGAAGCGCAGCAGAGCCGGCUCGCCAGCAUCAAAGCCGAAGCCGACAAGGUGUACAGUUUCUCCGACAACGCGCCCAGCCCGUCCAUCGGCGUGGCCAGCAGGAUGGAGGCCGGCCUGGCGCCCGCGCUUCACAUGACCCAGAACGGAGCCGACAACACGUCGGUCAAGACCGGUAGCCCCGCCUACUCUGACAUCUCUGAUGCUGGCGAGGACGGCGAGGGUAAGCCAUCGGUCAUCCAGCAGCGCUCCAACAUGUACACCCAGCCGCUCUACUACAACCAGUACUACGUCCCUCCCUACUCCUACUCCCACGAGCAGGCCUACCACGCCCACCUCUUGGCCUCUAACCCCGCCUACCGUCAACAGUACGAGGAGCAGCGACAGCGCCACGCCGACAAGAAGGCGGAGAGCAAAGAGCGCGAGGCUUCCGUGAAAGAAGAGUGGAAGCAGAAGGCAUCGGUACCGCCCACUCUGUCAAGGGCGCCCAGCCUCACGGAUCUGGGCGCCAGGGGAGGCGUGAACCCAGCGAAGCCCAAAGAGCCCGCCACGGCUUCGGAACAGGCCAAGUCGGUCAUCAUGGCGAAGGGAGAGGACUCCAAGGCGCCCGGCGCCCAGCCCGAGGGUUUGAAGAUCAAGCUGAGUGAAGGAGGGCAUCACGGGAAAGAAGAGCCAAAGUCGGGGGUGGAGUCGGGCCGAGCGGCGAGCGUCGAAGCCGCCAUGUGGUACAGACAGGAGCCCGACGCACGUCUGUGGUCCUACGUCUACCCCAGCAAAUACUCGGAGGCGCCGAAACUCCAGGAGGACGACAGGUGGAAGGACGAGCGGGACAGGAAGGUGAAGGAAGAGAGGCCGCGGCCCAAGGAGAAAGACGAGGCGGCGAAGGAGGCGGCGGAGGGUAGGACACAGCUGCCCCCCGAGGAGCUCCGCGGGGGCGGGAAGGAAGCGCGCCCGCCUCACAUGCAAUUCCCCUCGCCGCUGGCCCAGCAUCAGGGCUACGUGCCCUACAUGCACGGACCGUACGCCUACAGCCAGGGCUACGAGCCGAGCCACCCCGGGUACAGAGGCAUGCCCUCGGUCAUGAUGCAGAAUUACCCAGGCUCGUACCUGCCAGCCAGUUACUACGCCUCCUCGUACGGCGGGAAGGUGGGGGCGGGCGAGGACGGCGAGAAGCCCUCCAGGUCAAGUCCGUCUGUGAAGCCGUCCAGCGAGGCCAAAGCUCUGGACCUGCUGCAGCUGCACGCCAGCCAGUACAAAAGCAAGUCGCCGUCCAUCCAGGACAGCAAGACGCCACAUGACCGAGAGCGGGAGAGAGAAAGGGAGGGCGACCGGCCAUGCUCCUCGCCCUCGCAGCGCAUCAUGCAGUCCCAUCACCACCUGGGAUACCCUCUGUACGACCUGUCCUACCCCUCAGGCCUCUCGUCCUCCGCCAUCGUCGCCAGUCAGCAAGCGUCCGCCCCGUCCAUGUACCCGCCCGCACGGAGGUGAGAACGGUAAGACACAC